ACUUCCUCCUAUACUGUAUAUUGUCCUUGCUUCAGCAGUGGUAAAACGGCCUAACCAACAUUACUCUAUCAUGAAAAAUUAUUUUUAGUGGUUGAGCAACUUGUGCACUGCAUGAAAGGCCAAGAGGAACCAGAGAGAUCAUAUAGCACAUUAAAAUGGAGGAGACGAUGACGUCCACCUCCCCAGACCACCACCAACAUAUAGCAGACGUACCCAAAAGAGCAUUAGCAAUGACUAGUAUGACGAAUGAAGAUUACAGAAACACUUAUUGGCCACAGCUGCAAACGGCCAUUGACCGACUGUUACAGGGACCUCCUCCUCCACACCACACAGGACCUGUCAUUGAAUUUGAACCCAUGUACUCUGCAGCAUACAAAUGUGUGUGCCAGCAGCACUCCGAGGCUCUCUAUAAUGAUCUAAUGUCCCAUGUACACAAGCAUUUUGUCAAGGUUGCUGAGGAGAUGCAGCAGUUGGAUGAGUUUCAGUUAAUUGAUAACUACUACUGCGUUAUUCAUCGUGUCAUGUAUAGUCUAGAUGGCAUCAUUCCAAUAUUUACAUAUCUGAAUAAGGUGUAUGUAUCGACAAAAUUAUCAUCAAAUCUACGAACAGAAUUGCAGACUUUAUUUUGUACAGAUGUCAUAGAUCCGGUUAUUGAAAAAUUAAUGGCCAUGGUGAAGCAAACAACGGAAAUGACUCCCUUCACUAUAGCACCUCAUGUUUUAGCUUCACUCAUAAAGAGUCUUCACAAGCUUAAUCAAGCCUAUGCUCAGAAGUAUCCACAGAUGCCUCAUUUGCUUCAGCAAUUGAAGAACUAUAGCACAAUCCUGCAAGGCUUCAACUGUAGUAAUGGAUUCCAUGGCAAACCUCGUCUAGACGCUUUGUUGUUGUUUUCAUUGCAUUGGGCAGAUGCGCCAACAAAACAUCCCAGUGUGACGCAAAUGUCUCUUUGUUUUGCUGGCUGGACCGCGUUUACCAAACAUGCUGGGAGGAAAAGUGCCCAGUGUCCCGUUGCCUUUAGAAACAGUUAUUACUAUACAGUACUUAAAACUUGUCCCGAGUCACAAUCCUUCAAAAGUGCUUUCACUUUUACCGAUAAAAUACAUUCCAACAUAAAAAAAUUAUUUUGACCAAAAUGAAGAAAAUUAGUUACUCUAUAAUAAGUAAAAGUAGUUUAAAAUGAAAAAUAUUAUCUAGAUUUUCAAGAUAUCAAAUUUUUUAUGACAAAAAAUUUUCAUUAAAAGAUACACAUAUCAGAUUAAAUCAGUUUAAUAACAAUAAGUAAUACCCAAAAAGCAGAUUAAAUUAAGACAAAGACAUGUGCUACAUCCAAAAGUGUGUGUGCUCUGGGAUAACUGACAAUUUCAGCUGCCAGACGUACAAAGUAAAUAUGAAUGUACAGCCCCCCCCCCCCCCAA